GCUCUGGCCAAUUGCAAAACGAAACCCGUGCACGACUAAUGCGGUCUGGGCAUUGAUUUGUUAUUCCUCUAUGGUAUACUGUAUGUAGUUUGUGCGGUUGUUGACGAAGUGUCACUCGGUGCCGUGUACUCAUUCCACUUAUUUAAUGUUAUAAACACACACAGUAACAUGUGUGUAUCUGAACAAUUUAACUCAAGUUAGUACAGUAUUUAAUUUUUUUUUAAACAGACUUUUCAGAGGCGAAAAACUUAUUUCAUCAACAAACCCACGAGCCGAAAUUUAGCAGAAAUGAAACUCGUGGUUCUCGUCGCAAGUUUCCUGGUUGUUGCAGUGAACGCUGCCAGCUUUGGAUCACAGCGAUGCACAUGGGGUCCAGCCUACUGGUGUGAUCACCCAGUUAAAGCCAAAGAAUGUGGCACACAGGCAGUGAAUUACUGUAUCCAGAAUGAGUGGUCAAAGAUCAAAGUUGAUGAUGAAUCUUUGUGUGAUGAGUGUAUGACAUUCAUUGGAGAAGUCCAUGAUGUUCUCAACAGUGGAGAUUUACAGACUGAUGUAAUAACACUCAUCAAGGGCCUGUGCGACAAACUUGGCUCCAAAGCUGAAACCUGCAAGGAAUUAGUGGACCUGUUUGGAAAAGAGCUGCUAGAGAAACUUGUUACAGAAUUAGUUCCAUCCAAAGUCUGUACACUUCUUGAUCUGUGCCAGAAAGCUCCUACACCCAAGAUAAAAAGCCAGCUUCUGUCCAAGGUUAAGGCUGAUCCAUGUACCGAUUGCAAGCAGAUCUUCACUGAUCUGAAAGAUCUACUCAACAAUGCUACAGUCCAGAAAACCGUGUUUAAUGAGGUCAUUAUGGCAUGUGAGGUACUUGGACUAUCUGCAGACACCUGCAAGCAAUACAUCAACACAUAUGGACCACUGGUGAUUGACGAAUUACUGCAGUUUCUGGACGGUGAUCAGAUCUGUCAGGCCGUAGGUCUUUGUAAAGCCAAUAACAAAGUGGGACAUGUUUUGUUAAAGAAGGUUAUCAGAGUUAAUGCAGACCCUUGUGCUGACUGCAAACAGAUAUUCAGUGAUCUGGAUGAUAUUCUAGCUAACAAGUCUGUUCAGCAAAUAAUCCUGAAGCAAUUGAUUCAAGUCUGCACUGAACUUGGACUUUCUGACACUAUCUGUCAAGAAGUUGCAUUAUUUGAACCAGAAGUAUUGAAUUACAUCAUUCAACUCUUGAAGCCAGAUACGAUGUGUGGUUUCUUGGGGCAAUGCAGCAGUGAUGUCACAAUGAAGCUAUCUAAACUUGCUCAGCAAGCAAACAUUAACAAGUUGCAGAUGUCUACAGCCAACGGAAAUAUCUGCACUGACUGUGAACAGAUUAUAGAUGAUUUAAAGGACUUGAUCAGCAACAAAACAAUUGAUACAAUAUUGGAGAACAGCCUUGUUAGUCUUUGUGAGUCUAUUGGUGUAUCAGCAGAUAUCUGUUCUCAGUACAUCGAUGAGUAUGGACCCUUAGUACUGGAUUUCAUUCUCUCUCAACUGGAUUCACCAACAAUCUGCAAAGAACUGCAGCUGUGCUCCUAUGGCAGGUUGAGUAAAUUGCGCUUUGUCGUUUCAACUUUGAAAAAGGUAGCUAGAGGCAAUGGUGAUGCAUGCAAAGACUGCAAGGAGAUUCUAACUGAUCUAGAUGAUAUGCUCAACAAUUCAACAGUACAGAAUGCUAUUUUCAGUGAACUCAUCAACUUGUGUGUAGGACUAGGGCUACCGGCAGAUCAGUGUAGUACAUACAUCAAGGAAUAUGGUUCUCUGGUAAUUAACUACAUAGAGGGAUUUCUGCAAGCUGACCAAAUAUGCACUGAGGCUAAACUAUGUGUGACAAGUGUUAACUUUGUCCAGCCAGCACUAUUGACCACAGCUCUUCAAGUUCCUGAAGUAGAGUUAUUACCAGCACUGCAAGUAUCCGAUUUAAAGACGCAGUCUAGGUCAGUGCUUGGAGAGUCCGCUGAUUGCACAAUCUGUCAACUCAUUGGAGAUAAACUCAAGGACCUUCUCCAAGAACCUUCUACUCAGGAGGAUAUUGAAAGUGCCCUUGAGAAGGUGUGUAGUCUUUUACCUAGCUCAGAUCAAGACUCGUGUGAUAUCUUAAUUGAGCAAUAUACACCAGCACUGACUGACUUGUUACUCACAGACUUCCCUCCUGAAUAUCUCUGCCAACUCCUCAAACUCUGCUCUACUGCAGUGUCCGAUGUAGAAGAGGUUGGAGAAUCUGUGGAAUGUGUUUUGUGCAAAACUGUCAUAGAGAAGUUGGAUCAGUUACUGGAAGGAAAAGCAGCUGUGGCUGAUAUUGAAGCAGCUCUGAAGGAGGUGUGCUCAGUCUUGCCUAAGACAGUGCAGAAUGACUGUGACAGUUUUGUUACUCAAUACACGCCUGAGAUUGUAAAGUUACUUGCUGCUGAAUUGUCAGCCGGUGAGAUUUGUGCUGCUCUUAAACUUUGCACAGCUUCAUCAGUGUCCGAUGUACAAGACGUUGAAGAAUCUGUGGAAUGUGUUUUGUGCAAAACUGUCAUAGAGAAGUUGGAUCAGUUACUGGAAGGAAAAACAGCUGUGGCUGAUAUUGAAGCAGCUCUGAAGGAGGUGUGCUCAGUCUUGCCUAAGACAGUGCAGAAUGACUGUGACAGUUUUGUUACUCAAUACAUGCCUGAGAUUGUAAAGUUACUUGCUGCUGAAUUGUCAGCCGGUGAGAUUUGUGCCACUCUUAAACUUUGCACAGCUUCAUCAGUGUCCGAUGUACAAGACGUUGAAGAAUCUGUGGAAUGUGUUUUGUGCAAAACUGUCAUAGAGAAGUUGGAUCAGUUACUGGAAGGAAAAACAGCUGUGGCUGAUAUUGAAGCAGCUCUGAAGGAGGUGUGCUCAGUCUUGCCUAAGACAGUGCAGAAUGACUGUGACAGUUUUGUUACUCAAUACACGCCUGAGAUUGUAAAGUUACUUGCUGCUGAAUUGUCAGCCGGUGAGAUUUGUGCUGCUCUUAAACUUUGCACAGCUUCAUCAGUGUCCGAUGUAGAAGACGUUGAAGAAUCUGUGGAAUGUGUUUUGUGCAAAACUGUCAUAGAGAAGUUGGAUCAGUUACUGGAAGGAAAAACAGCUGUGGCUGAUAUUGAAGCAGCUCUGAAGGAGGUGUGCUCAGUCUUGCCUAAGACAGUGCAGAAUGACUGUGACAGUUUUGUUACUCAAUACACGCCUGAGAUUGUAAAGUUACUUGCUGCUGAAUUGUCAGCCGGUGAGAUUUGUGCUGCUCUUAAACUUUGCACAGCUUCAUCAGUGUCCGAUGUAGAAGACGUUGAAGAAUCUGUGGAAUGUGUUUUGUGCAAAACUGUCAUAGAGAAGUUGGAUCAGUUACUGGAAGGAAAAACAGCUGUGGCUGAUAUUGAAGCAGCUCUGAAGGAGGUGUGCUCAGUCUUGCCUAAGACAGUGCAGAAUGACUGUGACAGUUUUGUUACUCAAUACACGCCUGAGAUUGUAAAGUUACUUGCUGCUGAAUUGUCAGCCGGUGAGAUUUGUGCCACUCUUAAACUUUGCACAGCUUCAUCAGCAACAAUGCUGAAGCCUGUUGAAGGAUCAAACUGUGGACUUUGUGAGGAAAUUGCUCGUUAUGUUGAACUUGUUCUGAAGGAUGGAUCAACUGAGAAAGAAAUUGAAGAUUUCUUAACAAGUGAGAUUUGCUCUAAACUAGAAGGUGAGGUACAGACAACUUGCCUCGAUGUAGUGGAAAGAUACCUGCCUGAGAUUAUACAACUAGUAACCACCAUGACUCCAGAGAAAUUGUGUGCUGUACUUGGGCUUUGCACAGCAGAAUCUGAGCAGUUUGAGCCUGAAUCCAAGGUAGACUCUGAUGCUGAAUGUAUGAUCUGUGAGCUGAUUGUAAAGGAAAUGCGCUCUGAACUAUCACAAAAUGCAACUCAGGUUGAGAUUCAGAAGUUCCUUGAUAUGGUAUGCAGUAAGGUUCCAUUGUCUAAAUACUCAUCGGAAUGUACUGGAUUCGUUGAUGAUUACACCAAACCCAUUAUUCAACUUCUUCUAUCUGAGAUGGAUCCUGAUCAGAUCUGUGAAUCUCUGAGUGUCUGUUCUACCAACAAGAAAGUUGCUGUCAGCAAGGUAGAGAGUGGAUCCCUAUGCACAGUUUGUGAUGUCAUCUUUGGCAUCAUUGAUACUCAAUUAGAGAUGAACAAAACUACAGAGGAAGUGACUAAGAUGAUUGAGAAUGUAUGCACUGUACUGCCAGACUCUCUCAAUAAGCAGUGUAUGUCAUUCCUGGACCUAUAUGGACCCAUGUUACUCAAACUCAUUGUGGAUUCGGAGCUGGAACCAAAUGACAUCUGCAAAGAGAUCAAACUGUGCACCCCAUUGACAAGGCCUAAGCUAGGCAAUGGAACAGCAAGCUGUACUGCAUGUAAAGAGAUAGUUAGCGCUGUAGAAGCAUUCAUUGAUGAGAACAAAGAUGAAGUGAUUGAUGAGAUUGCUAAGGUUUGUCAACUCUUCCCAACAGCUGACCAACAAGAGUGCAAGAAUUACGUUGAUGUGUAUGGACCAUACAUCCUGGACCUUCUCAAAGAAGAGCUUUUCACUCCCAGUGAAAUCUGUUCGGUUCUGAAAAUGUGCCCCAAAUCCCUGGGAGGACUUUUCAAUGUUGAUGCAUGUAAGUUUGGACCUACGUACUGGUGUGCAAGCAAGCAAAAGGCCAUCAAAUGUGGUGCUGUUGAGCACUGCAGUCGCCAUGUUUGGAAUUAAGUUCUUCAAACAAACCAAGAUCAAGAGUGGCCACACAUGAACAUUUCAACAAACAAUUGUAUGAAACCCGCCUAUGUUUCCCAAUUUUUUUUAUAAAGACAAAUGAAUGCAGAGGAAUCCAUGCAUUAGGCUUUUUCUUCUUUCCUUCUGACCUAAAUUGCAGUUUUUUGUGUGUAAUUCAAACUAAAUUCCCUUCUUUUUUCAUUUCAAAGUUAUUUUUACAAAAUAGGAUGACAUUAAUCAAAACUUACAGUCUUUACAAUAAAUUAGUGGAAGGCUAGUCCAGAAUGUCACAGCUUUUGAUUGCUUGUGCUUGUUCAUCAACAUCACACUUAUUACAGGCAAUCGUAUAAUAUAUAAUAUGUAUUAUUGUCAUAACACUACUUGGAAUUCUCUGUUAUUAUAAUAACAAUGGACAAUCCUACCAUACUCGGCUUUUAAAUCUGCAACAAAUAUUAGAUUUUAAGAUUAAUAUAUGAGUAUUGGAAGGUGAUAGUUUUAUAAUUGGUAAACUAAUUUAGUACAAGCUUUGUCUAUACAAGCAAACUUGACGAUAAAGUAAAGGUACUUGUACUCAAUUAAAAGUGAUCUAAAUACAGUCAGUCAAAUGGUCCUUUGUUUUGUUUUUGCUAAAUUUGGAAUUUGUUGCUAAACUGAAAACUUAAAUAAGAGUAAUUAUUAAGGGAUUAUACCGCAUGACAGUAUUCCUGGAAUACAGUGUACAAAUAUACCUUGAUUCAUCUCUAUUGCUUGCUUAUGAUGAAGUACUUACAGGCAUGUCAUUACACGUUACUUGAUCUGCACAAACAUGUGCUAUGAAACGCAAUGCUUGGUUGCAUUCUAAGUGAAUCAAUGUGUGGUGAAGAGGUUUUCAACUAGUGGUUUUAACCCAACCAUGGCCUGGUUCUUGAUAAUUUUACCAAGACGAAGUCGAGGUAAAUUAUAAAGAACCAGGCCUUGGCAUGUAUUAGCCACGAGUUGAAAAUAGAUUCAACACACUUCGAAUCCCAUUCAUAAAAACAUUUUUGGUCAAAAAG